UGUUUUAGUAAUAUCCCGGCUUCAUGGAUGAGCUUGCACCCAAAUGCCCUCAGGUCCUCCUCCAAAUCCGCAGGUAUACCAUCCCCUCCAGAGGGCGUGCGUUCUAUCUGAGAUGUCGAAGCUAGUGGCACCAGAUCGACAUGCAUGUCUGAUGCUCCUCCCAAGCGUUGCACCAACGCAGACUGGAAGAUUACUGAAUUCAAUCUCCGCGGCACUAAAUACACGCACAACUUCAGAAACCACGAAAUAUCUGAAUCAUGCAACUCCCCAUGAGCGGUCUACCUCCCAAACCAGAAGUUAGCAGAACAGCAAGUAGUUGGCCUGAACCUACAGACGACAGGAGAUAUGUAGGUCGGCCGGUGCCAAUGGCUGGACCAGACCAUUAUCGUCCCCGACGCGACGACAGAGACAGAGACAGAGACCGUGAUCGCGAACGAGACAGGGACAGGGACAGGGGCAGAGAACGAGAUAGAGACAGAGAUAGAAGCUAUCACCCUCCCCGGUCACCACCACCACGUUCGCCUCGAGGAAGAGACACCUACACGUCACCUUCUCGAAACGACACCCAUCGCGAGUACUAUCACCGUGACGAGCGCCCCAGGGGAGAGAGAGGAUGGGAACCAGACAGAAGGGCUUCGGAGCGUAGGGACGACAGGGCUUGGACGCGCGAUGAGCAUACAGGGAGGGGGCGAGGGCGCGGGAGGGGUCGUGUUUCACCGCGCAGAGGGAAUACCUACCGUGGUGGUGGAGGAAGCUGGCGAGGCCGCGAUUCGGAGCGAGAUAGGGACUAUGGAGGGAGGGGAAGGAGUCGAGAGUAUGACAGGAAUCAUCACGAUAGACGAAGAUUCGAUGAUAGGGAAAGAUCGAGUAUGCACAGAGCUCCGUAUUCUCCACGUCAAGAUUCAAAUGAACGCCGUCGGGAGCACUAUUCGCCUGUCAGGUCUCCUCGUCGUUCAUACUCACCCAGGAGACACAGCAGGCCACCUUCCCCUGAUGGCAGCACUCAUCGACAUUCAUCCAGAUCUCCGGUAAAGCGCGAGCCAGGACAUUCUCCCCGUCCACCUUCAGCGCCCCCAAGCCGCUAUUCAGACCACCGCGGUGAUGACAGGCGACGCGGGAGUCACACUCCCAGUCCCCGUCCCUCAAAGCGCUCCUUGUCUCAAGAUGUCAAGCCAGAGCCUACGCAUGAAGAAACGCAUCUCCCGGCUUCUCCAACACACUCCCAACGCUCGCUCCGCGCCCCAGAAGAAAAACCAGCCACAAAGUCUGCCUCCCCGUAUGCCAAAGCUGAAUCUAACGAUGACCUACACCACGUUCAAGAUGUCAAAGUCCAGUCAAUCCUUGAAGAUGCUCGCUCUCCGGCUUCAAGCCCAAAAGCCAAGGAGGAAUCAGCAGACCAAGAUGCCGAGGGAGACUUCAAAAUGCGCGACCGUUCUCCCCAUCCACCGUCCCACUCACCUUAUCACGCUAUUAAAACGCCUCCAACUCCAGCAUCUCCCGCUCCAUCCUUUAAACACCCAAUACCGGAAAACCCCUCAGGUGAUAUGCCUAGACCCCCCACAGCACCUUUCCUACCCCCCUUCACGCGCCGGGAAACUCUCAAAGAACGCCUAGGCCAAAAAUAUAAAGAUGAGCUAUCCCAAAUCGAAGCUAUCGAAGCUAGCCGUUCGCGUGCAGCAUCCGAACAGGUGCAAAACUCCAAAGCCGUCCGUCGAGCGUUGCACGAACUGGAUCUCACGACUAUAGACCUUCGUGCUGCUCAGAUACGACGCGAGCAUGCGGAGAAUCACCGGAAGAAAGCUGCGAGUGCCAAUGGUUUUUUUGAUUUUGAGGCAGAGUUUCCUAUAGCUUGAGCUCCGAGUACUAAUCCCUACUAGACCAGUAUCACGAGCUGUGUAACGUAACUGGAAGGCUACUGCUGGCUACCGCCACCGAUGCUAAUAAUAACUGCCUGACGUACUAUCUUGUG